AUGACCCCCCCUGUCCCUCCAGGCGCCGCGGCGCCGAGUGCAGCCUGGGACGAUUCUCACGAGGACGGGGCUGUGUGGAUGGCUGAAGGGGAGAGGAAGGUGCUGCGGCACGGGUCGCCGCCUGAUUUUCCAUCGCUCGACGGAUCUGAGGACGGUGGAGACAUCGCCCCGCCACGAGACGCCCGCAAGAGAGAGAGGAGACAGCAACCCACUUCGGCUAGGCCUCGGCGUUCCUCGUCAUUUGCUCUCCGCUCUAUGUCUCGCGUAUCGUGCUUCCCGCAGGGGACUGCUUCCACGAAUCCAGCAGGAGAUGGCGGACCGCGUUUCACGUGCUUCGUGAGACGCCUUUCGUCUCCGCGCUGGCGUGCCGCUUCUCUGCCUGCUGUCGCUGGUUCCAGCGCUUCUGCAGCGACCCCUGGCUCUGUUUCUUCGUCACUUCGCCUCCCUUCCUCUGUGAGCGCGUGUUCCUCCUCCGCGCUGUAUGAAGCUCCUGCGUCUUCGAAUCUCGCGGCGCCUGGCGCACAGAUCUUUCCUGCGUCUCCUGGAGGAGGCGCGGAGACUCGCUUCGUGUUGCCGUCUUCUUCUCUUCCUCCUCCCCGUCUUUUCUCUCUUCUGUCCUUGACCUCGUCAGUCUCGGCUGCCCUCCUUCCAGGCUCUCCGCCCGCCGCGUUGGCGCCUUCUCAGGGUUCCGGCUCCUCUUUUUUGCUCUUUUCUGCUGACUCUUCUCGGUCAUCUCCAGCGGAGGCACUCUCUGCGCCUGCUCCAUGUACCGGUUUGUUUUCUUGGACGGCGUUCGCGUGCGGAGAUCUGGUAGGGCAGGCCCCUGGCGUGUGCGCCUCGUGCCGCGGCGGCUGGCGGGAGGGGGGCCCGCGCCACUGCGACUUCGUCUCCGCCCCUGUUGUCGCGGCUUCGCCUCCGCCCUCGCCGCCUGGGAGUGAGGCUGAGUUCCCUGAGGCUGCCGCUCCCUUCACGCCGAGAAACGCGCGCAGCCCCUCCAACGAAGCGACAAUUCAGCUGCGCGAGGAGUGUCGCAGUGGGCGCCACGCAGGCAGCUCUGCGCCCUCUCCCCCCUCUGCGGGCGCGCCGGUCCUGGAGGCGAGGGGCGGGGAGCGAGGCGAGGCCGAGGCCAGGCCGGGCGAGCCAGAUGACGCGUAUUAUCUGAAGAAAGUGAAGUUCCUCGGGCUCGACACAUGCAUCGUCUUGCAAAACAAAAACGGACCUUGCCCGCUCAUUGCAAUCGCCAAUGUCCUCCUCCUCACAGGUCGCCUGUCGCUGCAGGAGGCGCGGCCGCUGCUUGCUGCGCCCGCCGCAGACCGCGGCCGCGACGGCGCGGGCGCUGGCCUGCUGCACGCAGAGGGGCGAGGGGACUUUGGGCAGGGGGCGUCGUAUGUGUGCCACGAGAGUUCUCCCCCGCGAGGCAGGGAGAGAGGCGCUCAGUGCAGCGUCUCAGGCGACCGGCUCAUUGAGCAGCUCGGCGCGCUCUUGCUGCAGACGCGUGAACAAAAACUCGAGAGCGGAGGCUCCGAGGCGACGGUGUACAGCUACCAUUUGCAGGAGGUGUUGGAUCUGCUGCCGCAGUUGCGAGCGGGGCUCGACGUGAACUGCGCCUUCCGCUGGCCGACUGCGUUCGAGUAUACGGCGGCUAUUUCGCUGUUUGACCUCUUCCACAUUCGCCUGCUCCACGGCUGGAUUCCCGAUCUCCCCGCCUCGCACGUCUCGAGGGACGCGGCGGGGGGCUCGGCGGCGCGGGGGGGCCGAGGGCAGGACGCGCCGCGCUGCCCCUGCGAGGCCUGCCUCCUGGAGCAGUUCACCUACAAUCAGCUGGUGGAGCGCUGCAUCGAGUACAACGAACUCGUGGAGGAGCUGCACGCUGCGCAGAGCGAACUGUGCUCGGAGACUGAGCAGCAGCAGGGGCACGACGGCGGCCGCGCCGCGGCAGGCGUUGGAGAGCGAGGGGAAGACGCCGCGCAGGCCGCAGACCGGGGAACGCGCGCACCGGAAGAGACAGGGGUGCGGACAGAGACAUGCGGCGUCGCCAGCGCCCUCGCGAAAGGCUGCCUUGCCGGAAAAGCUGGCGAGGGGGGGGCAGACGCGGAGAGGACACGCGGAGAAGAGUCCGCGGACGCUGAAAGUCUCCACGAGAGGCAGCGAGAAGACGCCACGUGCGAGAAGGCGGCGUCAGCGGAGCCCGGUGACGGAGAACAAACAAAUUCGGCUGUCACUGGGAACUUUCCGCUGCUUGAUGAUGCGUGCGCCUCGGAGAGCGCAGCCAGCGACGAGCGGAAACGAGAGACACGCGAGAGCGAACAGGCAGACGGCCACUUUGCCGGCGCAGAGUCGUCUGCUUCUGUCUCGUCGCCUUCGUGCCCCUCUCUAGUCGACGGCGACGAGCGAAGGCCGGGCGGCGCGGAGACCGGAGAGACGGGCGCGAGGAAGGAGGAAGCGGCCAAAGUACACGAGGAGAAAGAGACACACCGGGAGAGUGGAGGCUGUGUCAGUCCUGCGGGAGGAGCCUUGUCGGCUAGAACUGGAGCGGAAGAACGCAACGGAGUGCAGGGAGACGGAGCGAACUCUUGUGAAGAAGACACUCACUCAGCCUCUGCCGCUUUGCCGGGAGACCAGACGUGCUUUGAAGGCUCUCGAGUGGAGGGCGCGGGUGCCGCAAGGGGGACCUCGCCGCACACAGAGGGCGGAGGGGCUGAGGCGGGCAGUCGCCCUCACCUUCAAGCAGACCUCAUUGACUUUGAGGCGAAAUCGCCUCGCGUCUGCGCCUCUCCGUCCUCGGGCGCGGCGGCGGGCCAGAGGGACUCUGGCUCGCCGGCGAAGGCGCCGGCUGGGAAGGGCACCCUGCUCGGCCGCUUGACGCCUCUGGAGGUGGAGAGGCGAAUCGCGGAAGGCGCGAUUCUGUCGUGUUUUUUGUCCGCGACCUCUUCGCAGCUCACCGAGCGUGGACUGCGCCUGCUCUCCGCAUCGUGCAGCUGCUUCGAGGACGCCACUGCCGCGUCGCCUGGAUCGCCUCAAGCGCCUGAUGCCGGGGCGGCAGGAAGCUCACGGCAGGGACCUCCGGGGGCGGGCGCGCGGGCCAAGGCGUCCCGAGAGUGCAGCCGCAGAGACUGCCGCUGCCGCUGCCACGGGGAGGCCGCUCGCUCAGCGCCGACGGCGCAGUCCGCGGUCACGGCGCCCCUCGCAGCGUCUCUGGAGUGCGCCGGGACUUCACGGUCUUCCGCGCCGUCGGCGGCUGCAGCGGGCGCAUCCGCGGGGUGCGGAGGGGGUGAGUUGUCUCCGCUGCUGUCUCCGUUCGCGCCCUGGGCGCCCGAGGCGGGGGCGGAGGCGGGGCGCGGGAGCGAGGCGUGCUGCCCGGCGUGCUGCCGAGGAGAGGCCGUCCUGCAGGAGUUUUUGCCUUCAGUGCUGUUUCGAAAUAACCACUUUCUCACAGUGGUGCGGCGCGGCAGCGCGCUGUACGGGCUCGCGACCGACGCUUCGUUUCUGCACGCAGGCAGCGAGGCCGUGUGGGAGCGGAUCGACGACGUGUGGGGCGACAACGCGUACUGCGACGAGAACUUCAGAGACGCCGACGACCGCCGACGGGCCCAGGAGCGCGCACGCGAGAGACUCGCGGCCGCGGGCGGCAGAGAGAGAGACGGCUGGGGCGACGAGGCGGACGACGCAGCGGCUGGCCCGCGCAGCGGCGACUUCCAGGGGCGCGGAGACAGAGAUUCGAGGCAGUGGGGAGCUGCGUACCCGCGCGGGAGCGCAGCGAGAGAGCGGGAGAGUGUGGAGAGAAGGCGGAGAGACGAAGAAGACUUUCAACUCGCGUUGCAGCUUCAGGAAGAAGAAGAGCGACAGGCGUCGCUCCGGUCCACAUCGUCCGCGCUCAACCGGCCGCGGCAUUCCGCAUCGGGAACUAUCCUUCGAGAGCACGCGGGCGCCGAGGCGUCGCCCGCGCGGCGCAUGCAGUCUGAAAGGCCCACCCGCGGCCUCAGCGAGCGGAGGCAACGAGAAAGGGCCGCGCGAGAAGACAGAGGCGCGGGAGGAUGCUUAAGCGCCGUGUGGAGAAGCAAGAAAUACAAGGAGAAAGUAAGCGGCAAUCGCGCUGCGGUCCGCGCAGGGAGGGCGGGGAAGGGGGGGGAAGGGGGAGUGUGCGGCCUGGCUCUCGCGCCCGCGCCUGAGGAAGCAGCUGAGGAGAUGGGGUGUGGGCUGCGCUCGGCUGGCCCUCUGCUUGCUUCUCGCCUUCAGAUGGGCUUUCUUGUCGUUCGCUUGUGA